AUGGGGUUUAGUUUAUCCGUAUUGGGAAAUUUCUUCAAACUUGGUCUUGAACCAGAUGUCUCUACCUUCAACACUCUAAUCAACGGCUUUCUUCCCGAGAAUAGAGUGGCAGAGGCGGCAACCCUUCUCCACAAGAUGAUGAGGGGAGGUAAUUGUCAGCCUAAUGUGGUUACUUAUGGCACACUAGUAAAGGGCUUUUGCAUGAAAGGUAACAAUAUUGCUGCUAUUCAGUUGCUUAGGAAGAUGGAGGAAGGAGCUUGCAAGCCUGACCUAGUUGUCUAUAACACAAUCAUCGACAGUCUUUGUAAGGAUACACUAGUUGAUGAUGCAUUAAACCUCUUCUCUGAAAUGAUGUGCAAGGGUAUUGCCCCAAAUGUCAUUACCUAUAACUCUUUGAUGAAUGGAGUUGGCAAAUUAGGCAAGUGGAAAGAAGCUACAAGGUUGUUGAAUGACAUGGAGGGUAUGGUUGGGGAAGCAGAAGGCGUGGUCGAAAUGAUGAUUGAAAGAGAUAUUGAACCUGAUAGGUUUACAUACACUUCACUUAUGGAUGGUUACUGUUUGCGAGGAGAAAUAGGCAAGGCACAAAAGGUUUUUGAACUAAUGCUUAGCAAGGGCUCGAUGUUUGAUGUUGUUUGUUACAGCACAUUGAUAAGUGGAUAUUGUAAGCAUAAAAAGAUUGACGAGGCCAUGAUGCUUUUUCUGGAUAUGUCUCAUAAGGGACUGGUUGCAGAUACCAUUACUUAUUCCAGUCUUGUGGACGGUUUUUGCAAAGUGGGUAGAAUAAAUGAUGCACAAAAGUUGUUCUCCGAGAUGCAAGCUUGUGGCCAGCUUCCAAAUGUUCAAACUUAUUCUAUUUUACUGGAUGGCCUGUGUAAAAACCGACAACUUUCUAGGGCAAUGCAAUUGUUUGGAGAGAUGGAAGCAAAGAAGUUGGAUAUUGAUAUUGUGAUUUACAGUAUUCUCAUUGAAGGUUUGUGCAUAGCUGGAAAACUUGAAUCUGCAAGGAAUCUCUUUUGUGGUUUGUCAUCAAAAGGACUUCAACCUGAUGUGAGGACAUACACUGUAAUGAUUAAUGGACUCUGUAUCGGGGGCCUAACAAGUGAAGCGGAAAAAUUGCUAGUUGAAAUGGAAGGGAAAGGCUGUUCUCCAAAUGGUUGCACAUAUAACACAAUUAUCAGAGGGCUUAUCAGUAACAAAGAGACAUCAAGGGCUAUGGUACUUAUUCAACAAAUGGUGGAGAAGGGUUUAUCUGCAGAUGCAUCAACAAUGGAGUUGAUAGUUCAAUUACUGUCGAAAGAUGAAGUGGAUCCUGCUUUGUUGCCGUUGAUAAAAGAAUCACUGUGA